AUGAGUUUAAACUUGUUUAGAAAACUGUGUGAUCUUAUUUUCAAUGCUGGGAAUUUAGUGGAAGCAACAUUGAGACAGUUGCGAUUGCCCAUUGAAGUUAGAAAUCUGAGAAAAAUUCAACAAAAAGAAAUACAAGAACGUAUUUCGUUAUUGCAAAGUGGAGCCCUUUUGCAAACUAAGAGUAAAUUGACAGAAAAGAUAAUUGAACUUCUGCCUGAGUUCUAUGGUUAUCUCCAGUCAGACGAGGGACAUAAACAAGUCUUGAAAUGGAAGAAAUCAUCGUUAGAAGCUGAACAGCAAAUACCCUUUAAUGCUAAACUUGUAAAAGAUUUUUUAAACCAGCGAAUUAGUAAAGUCAUAUGCACCUGUAAUGGCUUUGAAGAGUUGUGCAACUGGGCAAAUACAACUUUUGCUGAAGAUGCAACAAAGCUACUAAAAUCAUUACACAUGCUCGACUUAGACGUCAGAGGAGAAAGCAGACCUGUCAGUGGCAUGACCAUUACAGGAAAAGACCUAAAAUCUGAUGACAACUCUUUUGCAAAAGAUCUUUCAUCUCUUGCAGUGUCUCUUCUCUGUUCUGCUAACAUAGUUGCUUUUCCUAUAUAUGGAGUAAUUAAGUUGGUGGAGUCCAGAAAAGAAGCUACAUUUCGAGCAACAUUAGAAAGAGCAUUCAAUAUGUUUUUGCAAGAAAAUGAAGCACCUGACUUUCAACUCUUGUGUAAGAUGGUCUUAUCAUUGCUAGAAUCUUUUUGCCCGUCUGUGAAAGUUGUCUUAAAAGACAUUCCUGAAAGAAUAAGCCAACUCCACCAGCGGUUGAUUGCUCAAGCAAAAGAAGAAGAAACUAAUAUUCCUACGUAUAGAAAGCUGUUUCGAGAAUGUCACAUGCUGCAAAGUGAAAUGUCACACUUGAGACUACAAUUGGAUACUCACAAAUUUACCAAGGAAGAUUUCUUAUCACAAGUGGAAACAGCUAGAGGACAUGCUAGUGUAAUUUACAAAGUCAGUGUUAAAGGAAUAGGAAGAGCUGCACUAAAAGUGGCAAUUAACCCCAUUACACCACAAACAGCUCUUGAUUGGAAGAACGAAAUUGACAUUUGCAGAAAGUGCAGCCAUAGCAACAUAGUGGAGUUCUAUGGAUCAGUACAGAUAUCAGAAAACCCUCUCAAGGUAGGACUGCUAUAUGAAUGGUGCAGGAGAACUCUGGCGAAUGUAAUAGCAAACGAAAAACUUGAACCACCACAUCGUACACUAACUGGCUUUAAAGAGGCUCGAUCUCUUGCAGUUGGUAUUCUGAAUGGAAUCAGAUAUCUACACGAAAAUGCCAUCAUUCACCGAGAUUUAAAGCCUGAAAAUAUCCUGUUAACAAAAAUCGGAGAAGUACGAAUUGCAGACAUGGGUUUGGCCAAGUUGUUUGAUCACGUAAAGGGCACCAUGGUUGGAACACCAACAUAUGUAGCUCCUGAACUAGCUACAGGAGAGCCGUACACCUGGACGGCCGAUAUGUUCAGUGUUGGAAUCAUUCUGUGGGAAAUAUGGAACAAACAAAGAGCACAUACAUACAACGUCAUUAAAGAUACCUCAAACCCAGGAUUCUCUGAGGACCGUCCAAAUGAUGGAUGUUUUGUUGGAGAAAAGACACCACAUCCGUCUGGAAUUGAGUCUUAUCAGGGCAGAGCUAAAAAAUGGGCACGUGUAGCAAGGGCUUGCUGGUCAACUAAUCCCAAAGAUCGUCCGACAGCAGAUAAAGCACAUGUAGAUAUAGAAGCUAUUAGUGCUGAUUAGUGACUGGCAAUUCAUGUGAAGAAAGUGUGCAAGCUACCAACAGAAUAAGAUGUUUAUGCAUGCAUGCAGUUUUGUGGAUGCAGUGUUCGACUGUGUUUAGGUAUACGCAUUUGCUUUCUGAGUAGGUUCAUUUUUUAUCCCAAUGACUAUCUGUUUGCUUACUAUUCCAGUGAGAAGAGAUACAAAUGUGGUGCCUUUUUACUAUGUAAAUAUCGACUUGUAUUUUCUGUCAGCUUGUAUAUACAAGUUGGUUUGCAAAGAUGUGCUUAA